CCUAUACACAGAUUCUUUUCAAUAAAUAUACAAAAAAAUACAUGGAAAACAAAGUGUGCAAGACUUGUAUUGAAGUGGUUAGCCUGUCCUUACAUAGGCAUAUGGGCUCUGUUUAAAAUUUUUCAGUGUGGCCUAACAUAUCAUCAGUUUGCAAAACCCCAGGAAAUGUGCUUGGCUACGAGACGCUGUUUCUUAGACCCUUCUGCAACUAGAUGUGGCCAGUGGGAUAUAAUUUAAGUGGUCUCUGAAGCUUCUCAGAAGGCUUCUGUUGGAGCAAAAAAGAAAAGAAACAUGGAGAGAGGAUUGAGGACACAGGAUGCAAAAAACAAACCAAAACAGUGUUAAGAUUCUAGGGGUGGUGUUUGCCCUGACGUCUUUCAAAGGACAAAACUGUAUGCUUUUGGAGAAUGCAAAGCUUUAAAUGAUGCGCGUAUGACUUUAUGAAGAACUGGCUGUUCAAAGGAAACAGUAUGAAUAGCAUCGAAGUAUAACUAAAAGAAGACUCCUCUUUCACAUCUCAACACUAAUCCUUCAGUCAAGGAGAUUUACCUGUACUAGGCACGUGGAAUACUUCCUGCUGUUGUGCUGGUGGCCAAGCACAGAGUGCGGCUCCAUCUCCCAGUAUCCUGGUUGGAGAGCCCCAUCUCUGCACCUUCCCACGGGCAUAAAAUUCUGAUCGUUCCUGUUGCUCUUCCUGAGUAUCCUUAUCCAGACCUUUGGCUUCAGGGUUGCCCGUGGAGCUGAAGGGGAACACUGAGCUGGCAAAGAAAACUGUCUCAACUUCUCCCGGCAGCUGAAAUAUUCCACUGACAUCAUUACAGAAAUCUGAAGUUCUGAGUUGUUCAAAAUGUGGAAAACAAUGUGGCUCAUAGAACCAGGAAAAUACGGUGAUUCCAGAACUCUAGAAAACUGUUUUGUUUCUUGGAAAUUGUGCCAGGCAUCAAAGACCUUUUAAAGCAUAGCCCCAGCCCUCAGGAAGUUUCUAUAAGAUGAAGUAAUGAUUAAUACAGAAGAAACCACAGGGGAGAGAAGCAAAGACCACUGCUGAUCACAUGUAAAAUACGGAAAAUCCUGCAAAAAUGUCUCUGUACCCAUCUCUUGAAGACCUGAAGGUAGACAAGGUGAUUCAGGCUCAAGCUGCCUUUUCUGCAAACCCUGCCAAUCCAGCGAUUCUAUCUGAAGCGUCUGCUCCCAUCUCUCAAGAUGGAAAUCUCUAUCCUAAACUGUAUCCGGAGCUCUCUCAGUACAUGGGCCUGAGUUUAAAUGAAGAAGAAAUGUGUGGAAAUCUGGCCGUGGUCCCUGGAGCACCAAGUCAGGGGCAGUUGGUAGCAAGAGCUUCCAGCAUGAACUAUAUGGUGGCUCCUGUAACUGGUAAUGAUACUGGAAUCCGCAGAGCAGAAAUUAAGCAAGGGAUUCGGGAAGUCAUUUUGUGUAAGGAUCAAGAUGGAAAAAUCGGGCUCAGGCUUAAAUCCAUAGAUAAUGGUAUAUUUGUUCAGCUAGUCCAGGCCAAUUCUCCGUCCUCGCUGGUUGGUCUGCGAUUCGGGGACCAGGUGCUCCAGAUCAACGGGGAGAACUGUGCUGGCUGGAGCUCCGACCGAGCACACAAGGUGCUCAAGCAGGCUUUUGGAGAGAAGAUCACUAUGACCAUUCGUGACAGGCCCUUUGAACGGACAAUUACCAUGCACAAGGACAGUACUGGACAUGUUGGCUUUGUCUUUAAAAAUGGAAAAAUCACAUCCAUAGUGAAAGAUAGUUCUGCAGCUAGAAACGGUCUUCUCACGGAACACAACAUCUGUGAGGUCAACGGACAGAACGUCAUUGGACUGAAGGACUCUCAAAUCGCAGACAUACUGUCAACAGCUGGGAAUGUAGUUACUAUUACAAUCAUGCCUGCUUUUAUAUUUGAACAUAUUAUUAAACGGAUGGCCCCGAGCAUUAUGAAAAGCUUGAUGGAUCACACCAUUCCUGAGGUUUAGAAGCCGCGGCGCAGUGGAAACUUCACUCAAGUUCUCCCGUUUACAUCUCUGGCAACGUACCUUUCUAUUAUGCACAUGAAGCUUUCUAGGAGCCAGCAGGCGUAUUUCCUGUCUUACAGCAGGGCUGGGGAUCUUACUGUCUGAUCCGGUAUCUUGUUCAGACUUCAAGAUAGUUGUAGCCUUAUCCUGAUUUUACAGUUGAAAGACUUACUUUUGUAGACUAGUGUGUCUUUACUGGAGACCGACUGAUACAGGCUCAGCUCUGUUGGAACCAGUCACCUUCAGUCCUGGGUAUCAGGUAGUGCUGUUCAUAUCACUUUAGUUCUAUGGUAUAUGUGCAUUUUUCCUGUUACCCAUAGUACAUUUAGAAUGAUUACUUUUUUCUUUCAGUUCUGUUUGUAUAAAACACCAAUUAAGUAACACUGGUUUCAUUCCAUGUAAGCAUUAUUAUAUAGUGUAUGUAGGCUGCAGGAGACUGUAUUGACUAUCAUUACGUUUUAACUACCUUUACUUAAAUAAUAACAACGUUAAGCCUCUAGAAUAAAAGCCAAACUCUUGCUGCCUUUCUCAAGCCCCCAAUGCAGUUCUCUGUUAAACGGACACUAGCCCAGAGCAGUGUAACGGUACAUGCUGAGCACAGCACAGCUGCUUAGCUGCAUUUGAGAUUUUCUAGUCCUUGUGUAAUGGAAACUUUUCCUCUCAAGAGUUACUGGUAUCACUUUCUGAGAAAUGAAUCACUAUAUAUGUAAUGUAAAAAUUCUUGUGCUCUAUAGGAGAAACUUUGACUUCUUUUCCAUGUGUAGAUUAAGUGGGAUAAGACCUGGCUUUAGGCACUUACAUGUAACCCAGCUGCUCUGGGAUGUCUUGGAAUGCUAUCAUUUGUUCCAUUUCCUGACCCCUCCCUGCAAACAGAAUGACAGCGACACUUCAUCCUGAUUUGUUUUUCCUUCUCUUUGGUUUAUGACUAUUCUAUUUUAAUUGAAAAUGUAUAAAUAAAGUUAGAGUUUAGUCUGUC